UAGUAUCUCGAUCUUGUAGGACAAGGUUGUCAGUCAUCAUUAGCUUCUUCUCCACUUGCGCUGCAAGUAGCCAAGAGUCCGUGUCGUCUUCACAUGCGAGCCACUAUAGCGCAUCGAGGAACCUAACUUACACCCCAGUUGCUGGAAUCGUUCGCAAAAUUUAUAGAACGGGAAGCAGCUUUACAACUCAACCACAAGCCAAGACAUUUUUACAUCCUCACGCGCAACCUCAUACACUUCAUCUCACUUUCGACUAUGGCAGACUCGCCUUUGGCCUCCUCAACGCUGCCCCCUCCCCUGGCCUUUGCAGAAUGGCUGGGCCAGAAUCAGGCCAAGCUUCAACCACCCGUCAACAAUUACUGCCUCUUCAGCGGCAAGGACUUCGUGCUAAUGGUCGUUGGUGGCCCCAACGAGAGGAAUGAUUUCCACGUUAACGAGACCGAGGAGUGGUUCUACCAGCUCAAAGGCAACAUGUUGCUGCGCAUCGUCGAGAACGGCCAAUUCAGAGACGUGCAUAUCAAUGAGGGCGAGAUGUUCAUGUUACCCGGAAAUGUACCGCACAAUCCCAUCCGCUUCGCCGAUACCACAGGGUUGGUCAUGGAGCGAACGCGACCAGCGGAAGCAUUGGAUAGACUGCGUUGGUAUUGCACGAAAGGCGAACACCCAGGACCUACCGUCAUCCGGGAGGAAGUCUUCCACUGUACUGAUCUGGGGACGCAACUCAAGCCAUUGAUCCGCUAUUGGCAAGAGGAUGAGGAGGCGCGCCGGUGUACGGCUUGUGGGUUGGUGGAAAAUCCGAAGUGAAUUGUGCGGAUGGAUUUGGUGCACAUUGAAAAUGACAAAAGAACUUGAUAUGGAGAUGCAUGAAGUCUGCGUCGGAGGUCUUGACGUGGUAUUGCUUUGCACUGUGCUGUGUGCCCGAAAUUCCGAGAUCCGAGUAGCCUUGCAUAAGCCUAACGCAGCCAGUUACGUAGUUAGGCACGAUGACUUCGACCGCCGUCGCUACAUCGACCAAUUGCUGAUCCC